GCCUCAUCCUCGGCACUCGUAUAUCUAUCUAGCUUCAUUCUUUGUAUAUAUACACUUGUCUCCCGCCAGGUUGGCGUUUGUCUGAAGGAGAACGAAGACAGCAAGCCCUCGAAAGCUUGUUUUCCUUACCUCUUCGUUGUAUAAACACUCUGUAUCUUGGAAACGCCGUUCAGGGCGCGUGUGGUUAUAGUUGUAGUAGUUAGCAGCAGCAACAGCAGCACCUUCUUGGUGCCUGGGAUACUGCCAAAUUUCAUGUGUCAUCUCAAACGAAACUUGCAACCACCAGUGAUCUCUCCAUAUACAUCCAUGUACGUCAGGCCUCGAAUCUCUUACCGCCGACGAUCUUGCCCUCAGAAUUCCGUUGUGUAUCGACGACGUCUACCGACUGAUGUUGAAAAAUGGGUUCCAUGGUUCCCCGGAGGUCUUCAGAUGAGCUUCAUGCGACUCCCCUUUCGCGACCACAUUCCCAUCCUCCCUUUGGUUCCCAAGGAAGAGGGAAAGGGAAGCCCUCCUCCCCGGCCCACCCUCACAAUCAAAACAAAAAAAGUUGCCAACGGCAGCAAAUGGGCCGGCGCUCGCUUCAACCAUGAACACUUGGUCCGUUCGUUCAUCUAUGGACCGUCUCUAACACCCCGCGACUCGGCUGGGUGGUUAGCGUAUCCCCCCCCCCCAAAAAAAAACCGAAAAAUCGUUUCGUUUCAGACGGGCUGGUUGGUCCGUAAAGCACACACACACACACACAUACACACGCCAUGCCCGGGGAGGGAGAUAGCGCGAAAUAAUUAAAAUCAAGUACCGCCAGCAAGUGACACACAUGUAUGGCA